AUGCCCAUUUUUCAAGAUGACCUCGGCGACGGCCGAGAGAUUUUACCCAUUCCAAAAUCCAAAAUGUCACCUCCCUCUAUGACGCCACCGUGGAGAAGAACGAUUGUGAGGAAAGAUAGUGAGGAAAGCAUUAGGACGGAUUUAUGUGAAGGCCCUGUGCCAGACACUCCAGAGGAAUCAAAACAUCUACCGACUUUGGGGUUGGAUCCAAGCUUCAAUUUAUGCAAUGGCACAUCGGAUAGAGGAGAGUUUAUGGAGAGGUUGAAAAGGGGCGAAAUUCCAAGUUGGUUACCGAAUUACAAUGUAUGUGAAUCAUCAAACGCUGGUUCUUGCCAUGUUGUAUUGACGGUGAAUACAGUUUGA